AUGUUGUUCAAGGCUUCGCUUCUUCUUGUCGGCACUCUCGCCGUUGCCUCCCAGGCGCUCGAGUUCGUCGCAGCCACCCAUGAAUCAAACGAUAACACCCCCAUUUUGAAGCGCCAGACGCAAAUCUGCAAGGCGGUCGCUCCCCCAGUCACUUGCGAGCGGUCCUGUGGCAUCGGAUACGCCCAGUGUGUGUACCCGAACAUGUGCUACAACCCCGGUCAAGGCGAAUCAUGCUGCUCCAAUGGAAAGUACUGCCGGGCUGGCACGUACUGCACAGACACCGGGUGUUGCCCGAAUGGCUCGACGCUUGAGCAAUGCGGUGCCACUCGCAGGCUCAGCGUUAUCCCGCCACCACAGGCCCAGGUCAGCACCCCGGCCUCUUCGCCCGCGCCGUCUACCAACUCGACGAGGCCUGCGUCCACAUCCACGGCUUCCUCGCGUGCCAUCAUCCCCACCGGCACCGGUAGCCCAAGCACUCCCGGCAGAAACACGACUGUGACGACUGCUGCUCCGCCUCAGCAGACGAAGAAUGCCGCCAGCCAGCUGCAGAGCGCCGCCAUGGCUCUUGGCCUUGGGGUUAUGGGUGCUCUCGCUGCCUUAAUGUAA